AUGUCCCAAGGCCAAAGCCAGGAGUCUGACUUUCUGCCCUCUCUUUAUGAGGGGGACACAGAUUAUUGGACUUCUCCCUAUAACCAGGCUUUUAUAGCAAUCACUGGUUAUUUUGUUAAUGCCAACUGGGUAUAUCAAGAGGUUCUUCUUGGAUUUAAGCCAUUAUAUGGCUCACAUACUGGUGCAAAUCUAAGCACAGUUCUCCUUAAGACCUUGACCCAUCACAACAUCCAAAAUCAAGUCUUUGGAAUUACAACAGACAAUACAACAAACAACAAAACUUUGGUGGAUACAAUUCAGCAAGCACUCUCUAGUGAGACCACUGUUAUCCGAAUCCCUUAUCUUACCCAUGUCAUCCAGCUCUGUCUGAAUCAGCUUCUUGAUCGUCUUAAAGCUGUACCCCAAAAUGAUGCCGCUGAGAUAAAAUGGACCGAUCAGCAAUCGUCUGCAGCAAAGGCAAAUGCAAAACAACAGAAACAUGAGAUUUCAGGCACAUUGAACAAGAACUCAACCUUUUUGAUGCUUCGACGUGCCAAACGACUACGCAGCUACUUUAUAUCAUUCUGUGAGCAGUAUGAUUGUAAAGAGAUGUUGCUUAAUAAUGAGGAGUGGCGUCAGAUUGAUUAUCUUCUCUGUAUUACAGAGCCUUUCUUUGACUACACUACUAAGCUGUCAAAGACAAAGGAGGUUACUACACAUCUGGUUUUCAAGCUCUACAAUGCACUCUUUGAGCAUCUUGAGAAGUCAAUAGGUCAGCUAAAGAAGAAGCGGAUUCCAUGGAAAAAGCAGAUGCUCCAAUCACUUGAAGCUGGCCGACAGAAGCUUGGUGGCUACUAUUCGCAAACAGAUAGUGUGAAAGGACAUAUCUUUGCGAUUUGUACUAUGGUUGCACCAGAUAGCAAAUUCCAGUUCUUUCAAACUGAUGACUGGGAGCAACAGUGGCGUGUUGCAUAUCGCAAAUCAUUCCAGUCAGCACUGCUUCCAUAUCAGCAACGUCUUGCCAGAGAUCAAGCCUCACCUACACCCCAGGCAUCAUCAAGACCUACAUCAAAACUCAACAAGAUGCUCAGUGGGAGCAAGACUAUAGCAAAACCUGUUGGAGAUAAGGCUGCUCAGUAUCUUGAUAGUGACCCAGUCGAAGAUGAACCACUUCAUUUUUGGCGUGAGAACCAGUCUCGGUUUCCCGCAACUGCAUUGCUUGCUCGAGAUUUUCUUUCAAUCCCUGCAACUGGUGCUGGUGUUGAGCGGCUUUUUAACACCGCGCGUGAUGUCUGCCAUUACCGACGCGGCCGUUUAAAGUCUGAGACUAUUGAAGAAAUCAUGCUAUUCCUGUGUGCAUCAAGAUUCGAUCUCCAGGAGGCAGAGAUGAAGCAGCUUGAGAAGUAUUUUACGUUGGAUGAGAUUGAGAUGUCAAAGGAACAGAAUGAUGAGAAUCUCCAGGAUGUUGAGAUAGUUUCGAUUAGUGAUAAUGAGGAGGAGGAGGAGGAGGAGGAGGAGGAUAUUGUUGUAGCUUCUACUACUGAAUUAAUAGAUCUUGGUGUUGAGGGUCAAGAUCCUCAGCAGCCUCUAUUACCAGAGAAUGGGACUCAGCUACGGAUGUCUACAAGGAAGCGUAAACACAGAGAGGACAAUAAUUUUGAGCAGUACUAG